CAGGCCGGCUGCCUGCUCCCCCAGCCAGUCGGUGGGUCUGGGCACUGCAGCAGGCUCGGCUCCAUCCCAGCACUUACUUGCCUGGGAGAAAGAAACGUGUUAUACUCACCCAGAGAGAAUUUCUUUCUACCUUCCUUCCUCCCCGAUCUCUCUGUGUGCUUUUGUGUUACUUUUUUUUUUUUUUUUUAAUUAUUUUCCUAAUCCUGGAUGAAGUUGCUGGAUUCCGCAGCACAAGUCUUCAUGAACAAGCAGCACCGCUCAGAGAUUUCACGGCAUUCAAAGGUCACAGAACUGCCACUAUGGUUAAAUGUCUUGUUUAAUGGUUGAGAGGUGUGGCGAAAUCUUGUUUGAAAACCCUGAUCAGAAUGUCAAAUGUGUUUGCAUGCUAGGAGAUGUACGACUGAGGGGUCAGACGGGGGUUCCUGCUGAACGCCGCGGCUCCUACCCAUUCAUUGACUUCCGCCUCCUUAACAAUACAACACACUCAGGGGAAAUUGGCACCAAAAAGAAGGUGAAAAGACUGUUAAGCUUUCAAAGAUACUUCCAUGCAUCAAGGCUGCUUCGUGGAAUUAUACCGCAAGCGCCGCUCCACCUGCUGGAUGAAGACUACCUUGGACAAGCAAGGCAUAUGCUCUCCAAAGUGGGAAUGUGGGAUUUUGACAUUUUCUUGUUUGAUCGCUUGACAAAUGGAAACAGCCUGGUAACACUGCUGUGCCACCUCUUCAAUGCCCAUGGGCUCAUUCACCACUUCAAGUUAGAUAUGGUGACCUUACACAGGUUUUUAGUCAUGGUUCAAGAAGAUUACCACAGCCAAAACCCUUAUCACAAUGCUGUUCACGCAGCCGACGUCACCCAGGCCAUGCACUGCUACCUAAAGGAGCCAAAGCUCGCCAGCUCCCUCACACCUCUGGACAUCAUGCUUGGACUGCUGGCUGCCGCAGCCCACGAUGUUGACCAUCCAGGGGUAAACCAGCCAUUUUUGAUCAAAACAAACCACCACCUUGCCAACCUGUAUCAGAAUAUGUCUGUGCUGGAGAAUCACCACUGGCGAUCUACGAUCGGCAUGCUUCGAGAAUCAAGACUUCUGGCUCACUUGCCAAAGGAAAUGACACAGAAUAUUGAACAGCAGCUGGGCUCCUUGAUCUUGGCAACAGACAUCAACAGACAGAAUGAAUUUUUGACCAGAUUGAAAGCUCACCUCCACAAUAAAGACUUAAGCCUGGAGGAUGUACACGACAGGCACUUUAUGCUUCAGAUUGCCUUGAAGUGUGCUGACAUUUGCAAUCCUUGUAGAAUCUGGGAGAUGAGCAAGCAAUGGAGUGAAAGGGUCUGUGAAGAAUUCUACAGGCAAGGUGACCUUGAACAGAAAUUUGAACUGGAAAUCAGUCCUCUUUGCAAUCAACAGAAAGAUUCAAUCCCUAGUAUACAAAUUGGUUUCAUGACCUACAUCGUGGAGCCCCUCUUCCGUGAAUGGGCCCGUUUCACAGGACACAGCGCCCUGUCUGAGAGCAUGCUAAGCCACCUGGCGCACAACAAAGCCCAGUGGAAGAGGCUGUUGCCCAACCAGCGCAGAAGCAGCAGCGGUGGCGGUGGCAGCGGCGGCCCAGACCACACCGGCCCAGGGACCGAGGCUGAGGGGCAGACCGUGACCGAAGGCGACGCCCCGUAGUGCCAGCCAGGCCUGCCCCCUGCUCUGCACACUGAGAGUGCCAGCCUCCUCACCCAGAGGCCUCUGGGAGGGCAGAUGCUCUGAGGGGCUCUUGCCGGUAAACCCAGCCCCUCUCUGGGUGUCGUCCUGGGGCUCUUUGGAACGCCACCCUCCUCCCGCUCACCUGCCUCCCUUUUUCCAAGUGUACAGAAGCCAUCCGUCACCUCAGCAUUAGCUGCCGAGAUAAGCAGCUCCAUUCCGCCAUGAGGGAGCUGAUUCCAGGGGCCGGCUUGGCCCUCGAGGUGAAGACUGGGGAGUAAGAAAGAGGUGCUCCUGCCGUGGGCCCCUCGGGUCCUGGGUCACACUGAGACAGGCGGCACUUCCUAAGUCCAGAGCAUUUUUAGCGUUGGCCCUCGGACUGCUGAUCUGCAUGACAAAAACACCAGCAUAUUUGGAACUCCAAGGAUAUUGGUUUCAGGUGCAAGAGCACAAAUGAGAGCGUGAGAGAAAGUACCUUCUAUUUUAAUAAUAAUUAUUAUUAUAAAAAUAAUAAUAAAUCUUUUUAACUUUUCUAUUUUAUGCACUAGACAAUGGAUCUAAGACUAUGGGCAAACAUUACUCAAUGUACCCAAACUCGAACAGGGGGUUCACUGUUUUCUUACGGACUUUAUGCCAUUUUGGGUCAGAGAUUUGGCAUCUUCUCAAUUAAGAAACCACGUUUCCUAUCCGAUCCAAGGGGAAGGUGCUGUACAGUUCAUUCCUCUGCACCAUUUGCCAAUCUGUCUUUUAUCGAUAACUCAGAUUCAGUGACAUGUUUAUAUUCACACCUGUACAUUCUCUGUAAAUAUCAAGCGCUACUGAUUCCCAUGCCAAAAUACCUGAGUAUUAUGGGAUUGCUACCUGUAUAAACAAUGGCACUGUGAACAGAAUACUGUUAGUUUUAAUACAAGAGAAUGCAUUUGUAAAUAUGGUAUAGAGUUUAUUAAUAUACUAUUGUUUGCAGAUAAAGGCCUUAACUUUAAACAUCUUUCAUCUUCUGUAAGCUGCCCAACUUAAAUCCUCACAGAUGUCCUUCUGAACUGCCUUCCCAUGUCCAUCUUUAUGCUUUCCAGCUAAGGUCACAAAGCAAAACUGAAUAAAGUCUUUGAGGAAAUAUUUUGGAAACUUCACAUGCAUUCCGCUUGAGACCAUAGUGUUUAAUCUGUGGCACCAAGCAUUGUUUCCUCAGAUGAACAAGACCCUUCAGCAAGCCUGAAGUCACUAUCAACACAGCGAUGUUGCACUCUGUUUUAACAAGCCAGCUGAUAAGCUUGUGUUUAUACGACUCUUGUCAUGGACAUGGCAGAGUGUCAGCCUCGCGGGACACAUAGCAGGUCUCACAAACCUUCCGUGACCCCGUCAUCUAUCCAUCAGGGACUUCCCUGCUCCCCUAGCACGCUGUCGUCUGUUCUGGCUACAGUACCAAAGCAUCUCUGGUUUAUGGUUGGCGUGCAUUUCUUUGGUGUCAAUAGUAACUGGAUUUUCCUUUUUCCUUCAUUUCAUGUGAACAACUACGCAACUGUUUAGCAGACGUUAACAUAACUUAAGGAAAGAAAAUAUUUCAGUUGUCUGAUAGAAUUUACCUUCCUGGGUAGGUUUUUGUUGCCAUUUUUUCUGCAUAUACUUGGCCGGAAAAUCAAUUUAUUACAGCAUUCUUCUCUAGUCAGCUAAACUCUGUGCAUUGAACAUUUUCUUUAUAAGCUCUAGCAUAACUAAUGUUAGAUGAAAAUUGGCAAUGCCCCCUUUCUUUUUACCUUAAACAAUGUGGUAGUGGGAGAAUGAUACUAUGAUUGUUUCUGCCACUAUCAACGUGUUUCGCAAGCUGAUAGAAUGUCAGCUAACUCUCAUUUCCUAAGUGCAACUCUUUUUUUUUUUCUUUCCUCCUAACGUACAAAUGAAAUGUUAGAAACUUGACUGGAUUGUAUUAAGUUCCUGCAGAAAGACUGAGGCUUGCAGAAUAAAGGUUUAGAGGAAAUUUGGAAAGUUAGUCGUACUUUCAUUAAAGCAGAAGAGAUUGUCAGAUGGUACUAAAGAAAGUGUGAAAACUUCAUGAAAUGGGUGGAUGAUAAGUUGAAAUUAUUGAUAUGGGUAAGAAAGGAAGUUGUGAAAACGUAACACUAACUUUGGGUUUUUUCCUGUAAUAACUAUGAACUGACACAUGAUUUUUUAUUGCUUUAAUACUCUGAAGCUCUCAGCUUGGUGAAGCCCCGAAAGAGAAUGUAUUGAAUGUAUUUCUGCUUCCAAACCUCUCUUAUUUUGGUUUGGGUUGGGCUUUUGAGUAGUCUAUUUUUAAUGUACAUGAGAUCAAAUCAAGGAAAGCAAUUACUGGGGAAGAUACAGUAGAGAUAAGAAAGAAGAUGCUAUUUUAGCUAAUGGAGCCUCUACUUUGAGUUUAGGAAAUGGACUUUGUUUAAACUAUAUUUAUAUAGUAAUUUAAAUAAAUAAGACUGGACGUGGUUUUAGUAGUUCCAAAUUUAUAGGACAAAAGUGUAUUAGGUCUUGAAGAAGAGCUCACAGAGAAAACUACCAAAUAUCUAACAGUUGAGCCUAUGAAGCAGCUACUAGUACAAUACAAAUUUGAAGCAAAAUGAGAUGUGAUGUAUAAACUAGAUACAUUUGUCUCCUUCUUUCAACCAUCUGGAGAUUUCUUGAGUUUCUCAUUUUUUGACAAAAAAGAAAAAAGAAAAAGAAUAUGAAAACUCUUUUUUUUCCUGCCUACUGGUGGCUCUCUAGCAAUAUUUCAAUAGAAGGUGUCCAGUGUCCAAUUACUAGUUAAGACACAGCUGUUGGAUUAUCCGUGGGCUUUAUCUUCACAUUCUUUUUCUCUUAGUCCCUGGACCAUCACAAGCUGACUUUCCGAGUUUAAUUCCUUCAAUGCUUGAGAAGAAAGGAAUCAAAAAGCUAUUUUUAGUAAGUGAAAGCUAAAGUUAAAAUCAAAUUAAGAGAGAGAGAAUAGAUAUCACUGCCAGGCCUGAUAGGCAAAGCCUUUUUCUUUUUACAGCACCUGUGAACAGUCAGAACCUUGUUCCUGGAACGCUGACCUCCCCAUAACUCCCUGCUAGGCUGAGUGAAAAUCCUGCUCUGUUUCUACCUGCCUAAGGCUUCCCGCAAUGGGAUGUGGAGCGUGUCCUGCAAAGCUGUCACCAGGUAGUGCUUCCUACAAGCCACAGACUUGUUUUGUAAACUUUUCUCAUGUUGAAUCAGAUCUGCUCACUGAUUUGAACAUUGGUUAUGAGCUUGUAUCUCACUGUAUUUCUUAUGCUUUGUUCUUUUACGCAAACCCUUACAAUUGUGUUGUUUUGUGUACACACGUGAGGUUUGGAAAAAAAAAAAACACAUCUUGUGAAUUUUUGCUCAAAAUGUGGCCGAAAUAUCCAU